ACAGGGGGAAGGGGGCGGGAAAGGGCCCUCCUUCUACGGGCGGAGCCCUUUCUGCCCAGCUCUCAGAGCGGCCCCCUACCCGCCGCUCCCGCCGUCUCCCCUUCACCUAAGUUCCUCCAGAGCCGUCUCCCUCGAAUUAGCCCUCUCCCAACUCCGACCACAGAAAGCUCAGCUUUCAACCCAAGCUUUUGGAGUUUAGGCUGUAGUCCCUAAGAGAAUCUCUAGAAACCCUGCCCCUAGUUUUAAGUUUCGCCCAAUGAAAAAACAAAAGGAGGGGGACAGAAGGCGGGUCGGUGACGUAAUGCGGGCUGAUUCGCAUGCAGGCCUUGGACGUCCAGGAUUAGCCACGCAUUUCGCCAAUCCAGAGGCAGGGGAGGGACGGUGCAGGCGCAGAGAAUUGGGUUUGGCUGGCCUCGAUUUAAAGAGACAGAAGCUGUCAGGGUCCUGGAAGACGGUCCCCAAUACCCUCCCCCCAAGUCCUUGGGACCACUUGGGUCCCCAGAGCUGGGGAGAUGGUUUGCGGCGGCUUUGCCUGCUCCAAGAAUGCGCUUUGCGCUCUCAACGUGGUCUACAUGCUGGUGAGCUUGUUGCUCAUUGGAGUGGCUGCUUGGGGCAAGGGCCUGGGUCUGGUGUCCAGCAUCCACAUCAUCGGCGGAGUCAUUGCUGUGGGAGUCUUCCUUCUCCUUAUUGCAGUGGCUGGACUGGUGGGUGCUGUCAACCACCACCAAGUCCUGCUGUUCUUUUACAUGAUCAUCCUUGGUUUGGUCUUCAUCUUCCAAUUUGUAAUCUCUUGCUCAUGUCUGGCUAUUAACCGAAGCAAACAGGCAGAUGUCAUCAAUGCUUCUUGGUGGGUCAUGAGCAACAAGACUCGGGAUGAACUGGAAAGAAGUUUUGAUUGUUGUGGCUUAUUCAACCUCACAACCCUGUAUCAACAAGAUUAUGAUUUCUGCACUGCAAUCUGCAAGAGCCAGAGCCCCACAUGCCAGAUGUGUGGAGAAAAGUUUCUUAAGUAUUCAGAUGAAGCCCUGAAAAUCCUAGGGGGUGUUGGACUCUUCUUUAGCUUUACAGAGAUCCUUGGUGUUUGGCUAGCAAUGAGAUUUCGGAAUCUGAAGGAUCCUAGAGCCAACCCCAGUGCCUUUCUAUGAGACUUUGGAUCCUUCUGACUUCUCUUCUGCUCUCUCUAAGCUUUCUCUUCCUCCCGUAGGGAAUGUCUAGGGUCUGUAACCGUUUUGGUUUGAGAAAAAGGAAAGGCCCCUUGUCACAUCCUCUAAAAUUGAUGGAAUAGCAAGAUUUUAUGCCUUGACAUAUUUUACUGGGAGCCAGACUAUAAGGAAUAAAAGGAAAAACUUUCUCCCUCUCUCUCCAAGAGGAUAUGGGAAGCUUCUAGGAGUGCAUAGGAUGGGGGCUGGAGUCAUUCUUAGCUGUUUUCCCUCCUCCUCCGUCCAUAUGCUGGAUCAUCUCAACAUACCCUGGUGUGGCACUAAGGGUAAAUCAGGGAUAGAGCCAAGGAGAAAACAACCAAGAACUCUUUCCUGUAAUAAGCAGGACCCAGUUUGAGAAAGUUCAGCGAAUAUAAAAGUAAAAGCCAUUUGAAAAUCUGUAUUCUUUUUUUUUUUUUUGACACACAGUCUUGCUUUGUCACCCAGGCUGGAGUGCAAUGGCAUGAUUUCGGCUCACUGCAACCUCUGCCUCCCGGGUUCAAGCGAUUCUCCUGCCUCAGUCUCCCAAGUAGCUGGGAGUAGCUUGGGUGGUGUGCACCACCACACCCGGCUAAUUUUGUAUUUUUAGUAGAGACAGGGUUUCCACCAUGUUAGUCAGGCUGGUCUCGAACUCCUGACCUCAGGUGAUCCACCCGUGUUGGCCUCCCAAAGUGCUGGGAUUAUAGGCGUGAGCCACCGCGCCCCGCCUAAAAUCCAUAUUCAAAGAAGCAAUUUCAGUUCCUUUCUAAGCUUUGUCAGUCAAGGGGCUCCACUGACUUCCUAGGCCCUGUAACUUAACCAGUCUUUAAGGUUUUGCAGGAAAGUCCCUCCUUCCAAGUGGUUUUUCCAAAUCGCACAAUGGCAAAGCCAAACAGAGGAAGAAACAUUAAAAAAAAAAAAAGACCAUUA